AUGGAGGUAAAUGCUAGAAAAUCGUUCUUUUUCCAACAAAAAAAUAUUCUUCAAAAUUGGACCAGGAUAAAAGUUUUUCCCGUAAGUCAUGUUUUUGAGCAAAAAAACGCGCAGGCCACAUUUAAUUCCAAUUUCAUUAGAUUUUAUGGAUGAUAUCAACCCUUUAUAAGUUCUAGAUCUAAUAAUCUGUAUUAGGUACGUAAACAUUUUUUUUUUUCGACAUACUUCUGGUUUUUACAAUAUAAAUCCAUACAAUGCAUCUAUAGAAUAUAUUACAAGUACAUAAAAUAUACUAUACAUUAUGUUAAUAUUUAAAUUGUAUAAUUUAAAUAUGACAUGUUACGAGUAUAAUAGGAAGGUACCUAGAUUGUUAAAUCCAUGGUAAAGUAUUAUUCUAAUAAUUGUAUUAUAAUUAUAAUACCUAGUAUGUAUUAUUAUGUGUACAUUUCUUUGUAUUUUUUGUUUUGUUUUAAUAUCUAUUAUUAUUUUGAUGCAUCUGAAAAUGUAUCUGAUGAAAGGAAAACAUCUACUCGUAGGUUUACAUACCUAUGUUAAUAACUUAUCAUUACUAUUGUUGUAUUCUUAUAAAUGUACCUAGUUUUAUACUGAUAAAUAAAAUGGUAUGAAUGUAUUAUAUAUGUAGGUACGAUAUGUGUACCUAUUUAUAUUUUUUAUUAUACUAAUUUAUUUUGAGUAAAAUCGUGGUUCUAAUUUUAAUAGAUAUUACAAGACGUAACGUGUUAAUUUUAAUUAAUACAUGGUAAAUUAGUAUAUGGGUACAGUAUACGCUAAAUAGUUAAUUUUAAACAUAUCAACACAGACUUAAUUACUACACAAAAUUACAGAUAAACAUCAGAAUCAUAUUAUAAUGAUUACGUUUUUUUUUUUUUUAAUUAUAAGUUAGCUAAACGUUGCACAUACGGUAAACUUUCAAUGUAAAAAUAUAUUUAAAUUGCGCAUUUUUUUUACUAACUACCAGUAGGUACGAUAUUAUUAUACUUAUAAGUAUUACUGAGUAAAUACUUGUUAUUGAAUAAAAUUGUUAUUUUUAAAUUUUUACAUAAAUACACAUUAUGUUAUUUAUUUAUUUAUUUAUUUAUUAAUACGGACAAAAGUCCAAUUCACAAUAUAUUUGUAUAGAUAACAAUAAUAUAAUACAAUUUACAAUAAUAAAAUAUAACAUAAUAAAAAAUGUAAAGAUUAAUACAUCGAAUAAUAGUAAUAACAAUAAUGAUAAUGAUAAUAAUAAUAAUAAUAAUGAAUAUAAUAAUAAAAAUACAUUCAAUGUUUAAUAAAAUAAUUAACUAUUUCCCGAAGACAUUAAAAUAUUUAUGGGGUCGUAUGACGUAAACUUUUUAGAUGAAUGAGAAAUAUAAAACAAAUGGUUGUUACGAGUGUGGUGGCUAUUGACUUUGAAAUUUAAUUGNAGGAAGAGAAGGAUGACUUCUAUGAGUGCUUGGAUUUAACAUUAAAUGCAUUACCUCAAUACAGAAUUAAAAUAGUCUUAGGUGACCUAAACGCAAAAGUUGGUAAAGAGGCUGUAUUCAGACCAAUAAUUGGUAGUCACAGCCUGCACGAGGUUACAAAUGAUAAUGGAUUAAGACUUAUUGAUUUUGCAUGUAGAAAUGGCCUUGUAGUGAAAAGCACAAUGUUCCCUCAUAAAAAUAUUUAUAAGGGAACAUGGAUGUCACCAGAUGGAAGGUGUGUCAACCAGAUCGACCAUAUUCUAGUGAGCACAAGAUUCAAAAACUGUAUUCAAGACAUAAGAACGAUGAGAGGAGCCGAUGGUGAUUCGGAUCACUAUCUGGUGAAAGGAAAAAUGAAAGUCAAAAUAAAAAAGGUUACUCGGAAAAAAGGAAUAGUGGUAGACAAAUAUGACACAGCUAAACUAAACAAUGUGAAUACAUGUGACAGAUUCAAGUAUCAGAUGUCGGAAAAAAUCAGGAAGAUAGAUGCAGGUAUAAAUGACUCAAUUGAUGUAAAAUGAAAAAAAAUUAAAGAUAAAAUAAAGAUUGUGACAGAGUCAGAAAUCGGAAAAGUAAAAGCUGUAAGAAAACCAUGGUUUAACGACAUGUGUGAAGAUGCUCUAAAUCGGAGAAAAGAAGCUAGAAACCAGUGGCUUAAUGACCAACAUAAUAUAGAAAAAGAAAUUGCGUAUAAAGUAUGUCAGAAGAGUGCAAGUAGUGUAUUCAGAAAUGAACAACGAAAAUAUACUCGGAAAUUAUUGGAAGAAGCAGAAGUAGAUUCUAGAAUGAAUAGAACGAGACAGUUGUACCAAAAAAUAAACAGUAUAAGAGGAGGAUUCAGAAAACAUAACAAGUUCUUGAAAAAUGAAGAUGGUUCACUGACAACAGGACAGGNGUUGGAAAAAUGGAGACAAUAUUUUGGCCAACUGCUCAACUGCGAAAAUCCAGAAGAAACUUUUGAAUGGACACUAGUAGAAACCAACGAUUGCGAAUGCCUACCCCCUACUAUCAAUGAAAUGAGACAACAAAUAUUAAGGUUAAAAAACCAAAAAUCUCCCGGAGAAGAUGGGAUUCAUGGAGAAAUAUUAAAAAAAUUAGAUGAGGAAACAGUAUCAAGAAUAUAUAGUAUUAUUUAA